CAGCACUGGGGAAAAGCAUCUCACCAACCCACCAAGAUGCCAAGUGCCUUCCAAGGUCGUGACGCAGUCCAAGGUCGUGACGCAGUCCCCCGCCCUUCUCGUCGAGCAAACACCGCGCACGUCGCGCCGAAUAAAAAAACUGCGAGUUUGAGAGGGGCGUGAACCACACUCGGUUUAGGAGAGCCGAGUCCAGCCCUCGCUUUCGUGAGAGCCGCGGCGUCCUGCCACCACAUCGCAACGACACUGUUGGACCCGCGCACUGCAGCUAGCGGGGCGCGCUAGCGACGUUUUUCAGUUCACGCAGCCCUGCCUGCCCGCGCCAUGCUUAUUCGCAAGUGGGGUCGCGACGCGCCAAUGCGCCCGUCCGAAUCUGCAACCUGCUCUCCUGCCCUCUCCCGCUCUCCUGCUCUCCUGCUCGCUCACUCUCCUGCUCUCCUGCUCGCUCGGUCUCCCUCUCUCCUGCUCUCUCGCACUCCCGCUCUCCCGCUCUCCUGCGCGCUCGCUCCCCCUAUCCCCUGCUCUCCCGCUCUCCCACCCGCUCUCCUGCUCGCUCGCUCUACCGCUCUCCUGCUCUCCCCCUCUCCCGCUCUCCUGCUCGCUCGCUCUCCCUCUCUCCUGCUCUCCCGCUCUCCCGCUCUUCCGCUCUCCUGCUCUCCUGAUCGCUCGCUCUCCCGCUCUCCCCUCUCCUCUCUCUCCAACUCUCCUGCUCGCUCGCUCUCCCGCUCUCCCGCUCUCCUGCUCUCCCGCUCUCCCACUCUCCUGCUUGCUCGCUCUCCCGCUCUCCUGCUCUCCUGCUCUUCCGCUUCCCCAUCUCGUUUCGCCACCAUCCUAGGCUGAGAAACGUCUUAAUUGGUGAUGCUAACUCUCUGUGUAAAAAGUUGACUAGAAUGAUGGGGUACAAGGGAAUAUAACCUGAGGUGUUGUACUCUAUAUGAUCAUGCACUUAUCUAGCCUAUAAAAUAUACAAAAUAUA